UCCGGCCCGUUCCCAGCUGGAGACGUGUGGGGCUAGGACGCGAUCCGCGUCGCCAAGGUAGGAACUUCCUGCCAAAGGCUUUCUCAGGAAAUCCGCGCCCGACAUUUCUACCUCACUCUCCGAUAUUUUGAAGAAUACGAUCGGAGCCGUCGUCUCUGCGAUUUCUCUCCUUCUUCCUUUUUUUCUUACAGAGGUGUGGGAAAACUGAAAUGAAGUUUCUGGACUGGUAUUUGAAGAUCGGAGCUGUCUCUGCAGUGAUCGGAGCUUCAAUGGAGCUUUUCAUGAUCAAGACUGGAUUCUAUGACAAGGUAACUGUUCUGGAGUCAGAGAAACGAGCUUGGGAGAAUAGUCCUGAAGCUCAAGCUAUGAAGGAGGCCCUCAACCCUUGGAGAAAAAAGCAUGAUGCUGAAACCGAGACAAACUCCUAGCCUCGUCGGUACCACCUGUUAGCUUUUCAUCGUCAUUUUUCUUCCCUUGUCAAAUGAUAUCUUAGUUGUUUAGAAAUAGCACCCCAACUGAUAUAUAAUUGUAUUAUGUAUCAGGAAUCUUGUUCGAAAUGAGUAUUAAAAUAAUAACAUUGGUGAUUCAGUC